GUUCAAGUAGUGUUUCCACUUUUCACUACUAAAAACCCUCAAUUUUAAAAAACCAGAGAAAAAUCCCUCCUCCUGUAAAAUUUUCAAAAAUGUCAGGCUUCAAUUUCGCAUCAUCUUCUUCCAAUCAAUCAUCCUCAUCUCCUUUUUCAUCUUUCGGAUCCUCAGCUCCUUCAUUCGGAUCCACAACAGCUGGUUCCGGUUUUUCAUUCGGAUCCUCCCCUGCAAACCCUAGCUUCCCAUCAUCUUCCCCCGCUCCAUCAUUUUCCUUUAAUCCUUCCUCCACCUCUAACCCUAGCUCUUCCGCCCCUGCAUUUGGUUUUGGAGUUUCCUCAUCCGCCGCUUCUACCCCAUCCGCCUUCUCCUUUGGUUCCGCUCCGACUUCAUCCGCUUCUACUACUCCAUCUCUCUUUAACUCCGCCGCCUCAUCGCCAUGGGGAGCCACCGCGACGGCUGCUUCCUCUGCUAGCUCCUCCUCAAAUUUAUUUGGAGCAAUUUCAUCAUCUACUACUACUAAUAAUACUCCUACUCCUACGCCUUCCUUGUUUGGAAAUUUGUCUUCAUCUGCCGCAAGUUCUCCAUCGCCAUUAUUUGCUUCAGCGGCGGCUACCACACCGGCAUUUGGAACAACCGCUUCUUCACCCUUAUUUGGAACACCUUCAUCGGCAGCAGCUACCGCUCCUUCGCCGCUGUUUGGCUCUGCUUCAGCGGCGGCUACCAUACCGGCAUUUGGAACAACCGCUUCUUCACCCCUAUUUGGAACACCUUCAUCGGCAGCAGCUAGCGCUCCUUCUCCGCUAUUUGGCUCUGCUUCAGCGGCGGCUACCACACCGGCAUUUGGAACAACCGCUUCUUCACCCCUAUUUGGAACAGCAUCCACCGCUCCUUCGUCGCUCUUUGGCUCUACUUCAGCUGCCGUAGGCAGUACUGCCCCAUCCUUGUUUGGAACGGCUUUAUCCGCACCGAGUUCAACCCCGUCCUUGUUUGGAACGACUUCAGCCGCAGCGAGUUCUGCCCCGUCCUUGUUUGGAGCAACAACAGGUUCGUCUCCAUCUCCGUCACCGUUUGGUCCUUCUGCUGCUGCUAGUUCAGUUUCAUCCCUGUUUGGAUCAUCUGCCCCUGUUUCAAAUACGGCUUCGUCCUCUGGCGCUCCUUCGCCGCUGUUUGGUUCUACUGCUACUGCUAGUUCAUUUAAUAUGCUUAACUUUUCAAAUACGGCGCCGUCUUCUACUUCAACUCCUUCAUUCUCCUCUAAUUUAUUUUCGUCUUCAAGCUCAUCAUCAGGAUUUUCCUUAACAAAAACCACUCCAGCUAUAACAUCAACUUCAGCUCCUUCUUUAACACAAUCUUUAUCCACUACAACUUCGAGCAAUUUCUCUCUCGGGACGCUAUCUGCUGCGAAUUCAGCGACUACUUCAAGCUUCUCAUUUGGAUCUCAACCUUCAUUCAGCUUAAGCAAUGCAGCUUCCUCCACCACAGCUACUGCAAAACCGACAUCUCCGUCGCCAUUGUUUUCUACCGUUACGACCACAAGUGCUUUAACUCAAGCUGCAAGUACUCCUGCGGCAGCUGCUUCAACUUCUUCCGCUACUACAUCUUCGACUUUUACUUUACCUGCAUUUGGCGUUAGUUCGUCUUCUACGACAACUACUACAGCCACUACUACUGCUCCUUCUGGAACUACAAGUUCCUUUACCGGAUUUGGCACUGCCAAUGCUGCUGCUCCAUCUGGGAGUUCUAGCUCUUUUACAGGAUUUUCCUUGUCAACAGCAAAAACACCGACGACCACACUUGCUUUAACAUCACAAGCUCAACCUACCACUGCUACAUCAUUAUUCAGUGUCCCUGCUUCAACUUCUGCAGCUGCUACAACUGCCAAAUCAAGUACCACUGCAGGUCCAACUCUUGCUGUGUCUUCUAGUAGUGGGACAAGUUCAGGGGUUAGUGCUGCUGUAUCUGCUACACCAAAAUUACCAUCUGAGAUUACAGGGAAGACUGUUGAGGAGAUCAUCAAAGAAUGGAAUGCUGAGCUGCAAGAGCGUACUGGGAAAUUCAGGAAGCAAGCUGCUGCAAUAGCUGAAUGGGAUAAGAGAAUCUUGGUCAAUCGUGAUGUUCUUCUUAGGCUGGAGAUUGAAGUAGCAAAAGUAGUUGAGACGCAAGCUAACUUUGAACGACAGUUGGAGUUAAUUGAGACCCACCAACAAGAGGUUGAUAAGGCUUUGCAGAGUAUGGAAGAGGAAGCUGAACGUAUAUACAAGGAUGAGCGAGUAAUGCUUCUUGAUGAUGAAGCUGCAUCAACACGAGAUGCUAUGUAUGAACAGGCUGAACUUAUAGAAAGGGAAUUAGAGCAGAUGACCGAACAUAUCAAAUCAGUUAUCGACACUCUGAAUGCUAGCCAGGGCGGUGAACUUGAUACAAUUGAUAGGAUGACUCCAUUGGAUGUGGUUGUUCGAAUCUUAAACAAUCAAUUAAGUUCUUUGGUGUGGAUUGACGAAAAGGCCGAGGAAUUCUCAUCACGUAUUCAAAAGCUUGCUACUCAAGGAUCUGCAGCAGAUCGGGAGCUGAUGGGUCCAAAAUUUUGGUUAUCUUAAUUUUGGCUAUGCAAAUUUUUGCCCGUAUAAAUCCCUUCAGCUAUUUUUAUUACUUCUUACAGAAAGAGAUGCACAUUUAAAGUGCAUACGGAUGAUGUAGUUCCUUGAUGAACUACUUGUGCAACAGCAGUAAUGGAAAAGAGAGAAUUAUUGAUCAGCUUGUGAAGAUUUAAUUUUGUCUCAUGUAAUACUAGCUUCCUACAAAUGUAUAAGAGCAUAAAAACAUUUUGACAAAGUGAUAAAUCAAAUCCUGAGAAGCCUUGCCAUAACCACAA